CUAGGACCGCGCGGCGCAGUGCGCAGAUCCCAGCAGCGGCAGCAGCAGCAGCAGGCUGUUCGUGGAGCGGCUGGCGGUGCUGCGGUUCAUCACCAGCAAGGCACCGGCCGCAGCUCAACUCCCCCCCUCUCCCAGCUUUGUGUCCUCGGCAGGCGAACCUGAACCCGUCGGGCUCGUGGCCGGAGCCCGCCAUAUGGGCUCAGGAUGCGCCGGAUACGGGCCAACGCCAUCGCGAUUCUGACCGUCGCGUGGAUCCUGGGAACGUUUUAUUAUCUGUGGCAGGACAACAAGCCGCAGACCUCCCCGUCCUCCGCGUCGCAGCCCCGCGCCGCGGGAGCGCGGAUCGGGCAGAAGGGGUCCUCCGGCCGGCUGGAGAUCCACCGCGAGGACCGGACCAUCCCGCUGAUCGUGACCCACCCCCCGCGGGCGGAGCAGCAGUUGCAGCUGAUGGGGGGCUUCGAAGAGAAGGCGUACCUGGCGGGGAAGCAGAUGAAGCCGGGUGAGGACCCCUACCGAGAACACGCCUUCAACCUGCAGGAGAGCAACCGGCUGGGCAGCGAGAGGGCUAUCAGAGACACCCGGCACUACAGGUGCGCCUCUGUGAACUACGACGCGGACCUGCCGCCCACCAGCGUGAUCAUCACCUUCCACAACGAGGCCCGCUCCACCCUGCUGAGGACCAUCAAGAGUGUGCUGAUGAGAAGUCCAGCUUCAUUGGUGCAGGAGAUCAUCCUGAUAGACGACUUCAGCUCAGAUCCUGAAGACUGCCAGCUGCUCUCUCAGAUCCAGAAAGUUCACUGCCUCAGGAACGGCAGAAGAGAGGGUCUGAUCCGGUCCCGGGUGCGGGGGGCCAACGCGGCAUCGGCGCCUGUCCUCACCUUCCUGGACAGCCACUGUGAGGUGAACGCCGACUGGCUGCAGCCUAUGAUCCAGAGGGUCAAGGAGGACCACACCCGGGUUGUGAGCCCCAUCAUCGACGUCAUCAGCCUCGAUAACUUCGCCUACCUGGCCGCCUCGGCCGACCUGCGAGGAGGUUUCGACUGGAGCCUCCACUUUAAAUGGGAGCAGAUCCCCAUCGAGCAGAAGAUGGCGAGGAGCGACCCGACGCUGCCAAUCAGGACCCCCGUCAUCGCCGGGGGGAUCUUCGUCAUGGAGAAGAACUGGUUCAACCAUCUGGGGCAGUACGACACCCACAUGGACAUCUGGGGCGGGGAGAACUUCGAGCUCUCCUUCCGGGUGUGGAUGUGCGGAGGCAGCCUGGAGAUCCUGCCCUGCAGCAGGGUGGGCCACGUCUUCAGGAAGAGGCACCCCUACGACUUCCCCGAGGGCAACGCCCUCACCUACAUCAAGAACACGCGGCGUGCGGCGGAGGUCUGGAUGGACGAGUACAAGCAGUACUACUACUCAGCCCGGCCCUCGGCCCAGGGCAAGGCCUAUGGCAGCAUCGCGGAGCGCACGGCGCUGAGGAGGAAGCUCAACUGUAAGCCCUUCCGCUGGUACAUGGAGAACGUCUACCCAGAGCUCAGGAUCCCAGAGCAGGAGGCGGUCUCCAGCCUGCUGAAGCAGGGGGACCAGUGCCUGGAGACCCGCGGAGCCGACGACCCGGUCCUGGGCGAGUGCAGGGGCCACGGGGCCAACCGGCCCGCGUCCCAGAAGUGGGAGCUGGUGGAGCCGUUCCUGAGGCAGCAGGACCUCUGCCUGGCAAUCACUGCCUUCACCGCGGGGUCAAAGGUCAAGAUGGAGCCCUGCAGUACCAAGGAACCCAAACAGCGGUGGCGUCCCAAGGGCGCCGCCCUGCAGCACAUGGUCAGCGGCCUCUGCCUGGACAGCCAGACCCCCGGCGGCCCCCCCGCCAUCACCCAGUGUCGCCCCCAGGUGGCCAGCCAGUCCUGGGUGCCGCAGCUCAUCACCUGAGCCAGGGGGCGGAGCAUGUGGAGGAGAGGGGGGCGGAGCCAGGAGAUGGAGACUGGGAGAGGAACUUGGCCCUGAAAACUACCUGGAUAAAACUAGCUGGACGUUGCACCAUGGAGGCGUGGAAGGAGAGAGACGGUGAACUGGACAGGCGGGUACUGGUUACUUCCUGUCCCCCUGACAGGAAGUACUGUGUGAGUGGACCCUCGGACGAGAAUGUUUUUUUUCUUUUUCUGUACACUUGCAGUGCUUCAGCCAAUUAGGACGCUGUGGCUACUUUAGAUAUUCUCUUUACGCUUUCCACUGAAAACUCUUGCACAUUCUCACUUUUUAUUUUAUUUUUUUCCGUCUCUUUAACCGUCCGUCACCUCUCUGUUCAUCGCAUCGCUUCAAAAAUGGACCUUGUGGAGAAUCCCGACAACAAACAAGCUUAAGUUACGUGUUGUGCUGGCACAGGUGUGGAGGUGUGUGCCCCUUUAAUAUGAUGGCUUCGUCUUGUAGCCUAGCAUCUGCAACUAUGCUAUCUCUAGCCUAGCAUCCACAACUAUGCUAUCUCUAGCCUAGCAUCCCCAACUAUGCUAGCUUUAGCCUAGCACCAACAACCGUGCUAGCUUUAGCCUAGCAUCCGCCAAAAUGCUAGCUUUAGCCUAGCAUGCGCAUCAUGCUAGCUUCAGCUAGAGGUAUUUAAGAAGGACUCCACGACAGCUGAAACUUGAGCUUUUCGUUUUCUGUUUAAUGCAGUCUUGAAACUACCAUGCAAGGCGUUGUCAGGAGCAUUCAUUAUUUAUUGUUUUGCAUGGUCAGACCUAAAGAAUGUUUUCUUUACGCUUCCUCCUAUGUUUCUGUAGUUUGAUGUAAAUAAUUGGGCCAGAUAUCAGCUUGGUUUUGUGUGAAGUCCUCUAUGUUGUUCGAAAAAUAAAAAGGUGCGAGCACAGAAAAAUAAGUCUUGGUCUGAUU